AUGGGGGAGUAAUUGUGCUACCUCUUAAAAUUGUUAGAAAAAGGAGGAGAUUCUUAUUAGCGAAGUUAACAAUAAUCAAGUCACAGAUAAAUUAAUACUCUUAAUAGCCAAAUGAGGAGGAAGAGGAAGAUCUUAUAAUGAUCUAAAAUAUAUUA